AUGACAGGUGCUGCUUAUUGUGGAUUAUCACCUCAAAGCCCUCAACAACGUUUAAACAUUCUUGUCAAAGAAACCGGAAGUCGUUUCGUACUUGUUCAUUCGAUGACGCAAAACUUGUUCAGUGAUGAUGUUACUGAACUCAAUAUUGAUGAAAUAAUCAACUCUCGAAACAUUGCUCAUAAUGUCGAUGUUGAUCAACUCUCAAGAGUCGCUGUGAUACCCGAGAAUAUCGCCUAUGUUAUUUUCACUAGUGGAUCGACAGGCAUACCGAAAGCAGGUCAACUACGACAUCGAAAUCUAAUUGAAUGCGAAGUUCUCACUGCUAAAUUAGUGCGUUUAUUAAGAAGUUAUGUUGAAGAAAAUUGUCUAAUAUGGAAUUUGUAUGGGCCAUCAGAAAUAACAAUGGGCUGUACUUAUCACAAGGUAGAUGAGACAUCUGAAAAAUCAAAUAUUUGUAUUGGCCGAUCUUUUCCUAAUUAUCAAUGCCGCAUUGUCAACGAGAUGCUUCAACCUGUCAUCGUCAACCAGGAAGGUGAAUUACUUGUAGGUGGCGUGGGUAUAUUUGCUGGUUAUCUGGGUCGUGACGAUUUGACAGCAAAGACACUCAUUGAGAUCGAUGAUGAACUUUUUUAUCGAACAGGUGAUCUUGUACGAUUAGACAGCAAUGGCUUUGUACAUUAUGUUGGGCGCAAAGAUCACCAAGUAAAAUUACGUGGACAACGUAUCGAGCUCGGCGAAAUCGAACAAUGUCUGCUGCAGUCAUCACCACAAGUCACUGCCUGUGUUGUUACUAAAUAUGAUGAUGAACAUUUGGUCGCAUACGUGCAAAGUUCUGAUAUCGAUGAGGAAUUAUUACAGACAUAUUGUCAUUCUCAUCUUCCACAGUAUAUGGUUCCAUCAAAGUUUAUCAUACUCCAACAAGUACCAUUGAAUGCCAACGGAAAGAUGGAUCGACAACGUCUUCCAAUACCAGACUUUUCGUCGUCGAAAUCUUCGACAGUAAUCGACUUCAAAAUACCACGAAAUGAAAUAGAAAAACGUGUCCAUUCUCUAUGGUGCGAAGUGUUACAACACGUAGAUGAGCAGAUUUCAAUCGAAGAAAGUUUCUUUAACAUUGGUGGUCAUUCACUACUUCUCAUACAACUCUAUCAUCGAUAUAAGUCAGAAUUUGGCUUUGAUACUCAAGCCAUUUCCAUCGCACCAUUUCUUCAGUAUGCAACCAUUGCUGAACACGCCAAAUUACUUGAAACAAUGAAAACCAACAUGCAAUCAACACUAUUGCAAACAAUGCAAAUCAAUCAAGGUAACAGCUGUUGUACGAAAAAUUUUGUGAGACUAUCAGUUAACAAAACAGGAAAGGACGUGGUUCAAAUUACUAUCAUUAUUGAAUUAGAUAUUGCAGAUAUGGCUACUUUUCUAGUGCCAAUUGUUGAACUAGAAUUUGUAGGGAAAAUUUCUGGGUCGAUUUCAUACUAUGUAUAG